GUAUGAUACGUGAAGGAAAAAAAAACCUUAGAGUAGAUAAAAAGUAAAUUCUAAAACUAAACAAAAUAAAUUGAUUAUAGAAAAGUUGUCAACAAGCUAUCAAAAUCCAAAAAUGGAAACCGUAGCUCAUGAGCUCAGUAAUGGAAACACCAUCACCGCUCCUGACGGAGAACAAACCGGCUCCGCCUUCAAGCUAGUUGGCUUCAACAACUUCCUCCGAACAAAUCCAAUGUCCGACAAAUUCUCAGUCAAAAGGUUCCACCACGUUGAAUUCUGGUGCUCCGACGCCACCAAAACUGCCUGUCGUUUCUCUUGGGGCCUUGGCAUGCCCAUCGUUCAGAAGUCUGAUCUAUCUACCGGAAACACAACUCACGCCUCCUACCUCCUCCGCUCCGGCCAACUCAACUUCCUCUUCACCGCUCCUUAUUCCCCUUCCACCACCACCACUGCCGCCUCCAUCCCGACGUUUUCCCUAACGGAUUGCCGCAACUUCACCGCCUCCCACGGGCUCGCAGUCCGCUCAAUCGCCAUCGAAGUCGAAGACGCCGAAAUCGCUUUCUCCAUCAGCGUCUCCCACGGCGCCAAACCCUCCUCUGCUCCAAUCACCCUUGGAGAUAACGACGUCGUAUUGUCUGAAGUAAAACUUUACGGUGACGUCGUUUUGCGUUACGUAAGCUACAAGAGUCCCAACUACGAUGCCAUAUCUACUUUUUUGCCCGGGUUCAAACCCGUUGAAAAUACGUCGUCGCUUCCUGACCUUGACUACGGGAUUCGCGGCCUUGAUCACGCCGUAGGCAACGUCCCGGAACUAGCUCCGGCUGUAGAUUACGUGAAAUCAUUCACCGGAUUCCAUACGUUCGCCGAAUUCACGGCGGAUGAUGUUGGUACGAACGAAAGUGGACUCAAUGCGGUCAAUUUAGCAUGCAAUAACGAGAUGGUUUUGAUCGCGAUGAAUGAGCCGGUGUACGGAACAAAGAGGAGGAGCCAGAUCCAGACGUAUCUGGAACACAACGAAGGCGCCGGAGUUCAGCAUUUGGCGCUUUCCAGUGAGGACAUAUUUGGAACCUUGAGAGAGAUGAGGAAGCACAGCGGAGUUGGUGGUUUUGAAUUUAUGCCGUCGCCACCGCCUACUUAUUAUCGGAAUUUGAAGAAUAGAGUUGGAGAUGUAUUGACAGAUGAAAAGAUUAAGGAGUGUGAGGAGUUGGGAAUACUGGUGGAUAAAGAUGAUCAGGGGACUCUGCUUCAGAUCUUCACCAAGCCUGUGGGUGACAGGCCAACCAUAUUUAUAGAGAUAAUUCAAAGAGUUGGUUGUAUGUUGAAUGACGAUAAAGGAAAUAUACAACAAAAAGCAGGGUGUGGGGGAUUUGGCAAGGGGAACUUCUCGGAGCUCUUCAAAUCUAUAGAGGAAUAUGAGAAGACACUUGAACCACCAUUGAACCAAUAGCCGAUAAGUGAAAAAUGCAAAUGUCUUGUUGAUGUGUAUGUGUAUUCUAUGGAAAAUAUUCCUACAAAUGUAUGGGAAUAAUUGUUGGAAAUAUGAAAUGUUAAUCAUAUUUAAUCGAUCUUUGCUUGAAAAAACAAGUUCUAUUUGUAACCAAAAUUACUAUGUAAUAACCUUAAAAUAAAAUAACAAAUGUUAUUUUACUUUAUGUAUUUUGAUUUUAGGAUAUAAAAUAAAAAUGAG